GAUCCUAGAUUUCAUUAUCUUAUAAGCCCUUUCAGUCAAAAGAAAAAGCCAACUUCCUGGAAAGUUACAAUCUUGUCCAACCUUAAAUUGAUGGGCUUUGUCAAACGGCAGAAAGUACUCAAUCCAGAAAGAAACAUGGAACAGAAGCAGAAGCUCGUGGUCUUAGUUUCACUUCUGAUUUACUACCUUCCUGCCAUGGUACUUGGAACUUCAUCCGAACCACCAAAGCACUUCGUGCUGGUGCAUGGGUCCUGCCAUGGUGCUUGGUCAUGGUACAAGCUGGUGCCACUGCUAAAAUCAGAGGGCCACAAUGUCACCGGCAUAGACCUUGCAGGAUCAGGGGUGGAUCCACAGCAAGUGAACACUCUCAGGUCGAUUUCUGAUUACAUCAAGCCAUUAAGGGACUUCAUGGAAUCUCUACCUGAUCAACAGAAAGUCAUCCUUGUUGGUCACAGCUUAGGCGGUUUGGCUAUCUCUCAAGCAAUGGAAAGGUUUCCUGAGAAGAUUUCUGUAGCUGUUUUUCUCACUGCCCUUAUGCCUGGCCCGACCCUAAAUAUUUCAACUCUCAGUCAAAGGGCAUUUAAGGAGCAAGAUUCCCAAAUGGACAGCCUCUACACUUAUGAUAAUGGUCCCAACAACGCUCCAACCACCUUUAUUUUUGGUCCCUUGUACCUCUCUUCCCAAGUCUACCAGCUUAGCCCACGUGAGGAUUGGGCAUUGGCUAAUAUGUUGAUGAGACCAAUACCUUUGUAUAGCAUGGAAGACAUGUCAACAGAACUAGUACUUUCCAAGAAGAGGUACGGGUCGGUUAAUCGGGUUUUUAUAAUUUCGGAAAAAGACAUGGUCUCAAGGAAGGAUUUAGUACAUUGGAUGAUUGAGAAAAACCCGCCCCAUCAAGUAGAAGAGGUCAAAGGAUCCGAUCAUAUGGUCAUGAUGUCCAAGCCUAGACAACUUUGCAAUCUUCUCCUAAGCAUUGCUACGAAAUGAUGCUAAUAUUAUUAAAAAAAAUAAAGAUAAAAAAUAAAGCAUGUUUAAGUUUACAUGUUACAAAUAAUGUGUUAUAGAAUUUACAACUUAAUCAUCUUUUUGUA